AUGAAAGAUGCGCAGCACGAGUUUGCAGAGGUCAAGAAACGACAGUCCAAGUCUCUUGGUGAGGCCGUCAAAGAGUAUCGCAGGCGAUACGGCAUGCCGCCCCCUCCGCACUUUGACAAAUGGUAUAAAUUUGCCGUGAGCAACAAAGUACAUCUGAUUGAUGAAUUUGACAUGAUUUAUGACAUGAUGACUCCCUUCUGGGGACUGCAGCCACAGACAAUCCGCGCAAGGGUGGCGGAGGCGCUUGGAUAUGAUAAUGGGCUGCUUGGAGUUGCCAUACGGGAUCACGGAAUUGCACACAUGGAGCACGGAUAUGAGUGGCAGAGGAACGCGACAAAGGGCAUGAUGGAAAAAUUCAUACAGUAUCUGCCAGACAUGGACUUGGCUUUCAACAUUCACGACGAGCCUCGUGUCGUGGUUCCGCACGACGAUCUGAUUCGGCUUGUGAACAAGGCCAAGGACGAGAACAUGGCCUCGUUGAAUGGGAAGAACAAGCUCGUCAAUGAAUUCUCAACAAAACCAUCCGAUCUUAGUGACGGUAAAACAUUCAAGGAGACAAAGCUCUCGAGAUUCAGCACGAUUCAAUACCAGUCCACCUGGGCAGACUCCCGCAUGUCCUGUCCUCCCGACAGCCAGGCAAGGAUCCUUGAGGACGAGCGUGCCGACGACUUGAGCAGAUACGGCAUCAGCGAUCUUGCUUUUGUGUACAACACAACCGCCAUGUCCGACAUCUGCCUUACGCCGUCCCUCAGUUCUACAUAUGGCUUUUUCGAUCGUCCAAAUUCGUUCAAAAUCACCCAUGAUCUGCUGCCCAUCUUCUCGCAGUCCAAGAUCUCAUCCUAUGGCGAUAUUAUCUACCCAUCUCCGUGGUACUGGUACAAGAAAGUGGCCUACAACGAAACCAACGACAUGCCGUGGGAAGACAAGGAGAACAAGCUCUAUUGGCGAGGCUCCACCACUGGAGGGUACAGCCGCAACGGUGGCUGGAGAAGGCACCAUCGCCAGCACUUUGUCCAGAAGAUCAAUUCCAAAGAGCAAGCCAAGGUUAUGACCAACAGCGGCACUGCCGAAAGCCCCAAGUGGACGCCCAGGGAGGUACCGCGUGGAGACUACCAGAAGCUCAUCGACGUGCACUUCUCCCAUGUCGGCCAAUGCGAUCCCGGCGACUGUGAGGCGCAAAAGGAGUUCUUCGACGUGGUCGAUCCCGUCGACCAGCAGGACGCUUGGGGAUACAAGUACCUGGUCGACAUUGACGGGAAUGCCUUCUCCGGCCGGUUCUACGCCUUUUUGCAGAGCCAGAGCUUGACGUUUAAACUCGCCCUGUUCCGUGAGUGGCACAACGAAUGGCUUAAGCCGUGGGUGCACUACGUGCCGCUGAGCCUACAGGGAGAUGACUGGCUCGAGGCGGUGCGCUUCAUCGACGAAGACACCAAGGGGUCUGCUGAAGGGCAGAAAAUCGCAAUGGAGAGCCGUGAGUGGGCGAACAAGGCUAUUAGGAAAGAAGACAUGGAGGUGUGGUUUUUUAGAUUGCUGUUGGAGUACGGUAGGGUGAUUGACGACAAUAGAGAAAAUCUUGGAUUCGAGAUAUGA